UAUACCAAUUAGCAGUUGCUAGCUGGAAGCGGCUCAUUAAAAACAUCACUCAGCUCUUUAAAUGGCUGCAACCUGUGGACGGACGGCGGCUCAUUCAGCGGCCCGCCACGCUUAAGCACAGCCGCCGGACUUCCAGCCGCCUGCCGGACGGUUGAGUCACUUUUGUCGGCUUUAAAGUUGAGCUUUUGUCGCCUCUUGGCCGGUUUGUGAUCAUGUCGGGAAGCGUCGCUCUCCGCGCUCAGAUCGCCUCCGUGAUUGACGCCUUGUCCAAAGCUGCGGCGGCGCAAAUCGCCGAAGUUGUGGAGGACGGCAUGGUGGUGCUGCGGCUGGAGGUUUGUCAGCGGGACUCCGAGAUCCAGAAGCUGAAGAGCGACAUUGAGCUGCUGCACGGAGAGCUGAGGGCGGCGCAGCAGGCAGUGACUCGGCGACCCGAGCAUCGCGGCGGCGGAGGAGGAGGAGGAGGACAGGAAAGUCAGAGUGGUGCUGGAGAUGAGAGGAACCUUCUUCAUAAAUGUCAUGAAGGCCACCAAAUCCUGCCUGGAGCUGAAGCUCAGGUGAAAUGUGAACCUGUGGAAGAUAGAGGUGGAGAGGUUAUAAGACAACCUGACAAGCCGAAAGAAGAGUUGGGUUUGUGCGAAGGUGCUCAGUGGAGAUCAAUGACGCUAAACGAGACCGGACACAACAACUCAGAUUGUUUGACUUUAGGACAGAGCUCAAUGUUGCGUCUUCCUGAAACGCCUUUGGAUGGUGGACUGGUCGUGUCCUGCAACAGUGGCAGCUCCAGUGGGUUUCACCACAGUCCGUUCAUCAGCCGUGGACUGCUGGGCUACAGUCAGUACAGGAACUCAUACAACACGGUGCGAAGGAGGACUGUGAAGAGGUUGAUGUUCAAGAAGGGCUUCAUCUGCCCAUACUGUGGCAAAUGUUUUGAGCGAGCCGGCCACCUCGAGAGACACAAGAGGAUUCAUACCGGAGAGAAACCGUAUCGCUGCGAGAUGUGCGAGAAGAGGUUCAAUCAGAAAUGUAGCCUCAAGGAGCACAUGAAGAUUCACAGAAGAUAUGUUCAGUCUCGACUAGUUGAGACCCAAAUGGGCGAACAGAAGUCGGCUCCGAAGGUGAUACCUUGUAUUGAAACACAACGCCCCGAAGAGGAGAGUCAGGCUGGAAAUUUACAUCAUAAGACUGAGGACAUUCUGCCCACACCUGUACAGGUAAAAUCUGAGCCCGUAGAGGAGAACAUAACACAACCACUGUUUAACGAAGGAAAUCAGCAGACAAGGGAAGGAUCUGACAACCUCAGUGAGACCUUCACAGUGUUGGAGAGAGAAAGUCAGCAGUGGAUGUCCAGAUUACAAAGCAACCAAGAAUUGGGCAGCACAGAGUUUCUCAGCAGCUCAGCACAGAACAUGACCUCCUACCCAGGGAUAGCUCAGUUACUCCAAUCACCAGUUGAAGCUUCUUGUAGCACCUUCUCUUUCCCAGGGAAACCAUACAGGGAAAUCAAAACCAGCAUGAUCUCCCAGACACCUUACAGAUCCUCAGACACACUUACGAUGCCAAGUGAAGCAGGUUUACACAGUGUAACAGAGGCCUCGAUAGAUCAUUGCCGACAGAGGAGACCCAGAUCUUUUCAGGUGAUCAAACCAAAGAAAUGCUUCGUCUGUUCGUACUGUGGCAAGAUCUUCGAGCGAGCUGGCCACCUUGAAAGACAUUUACGAAUUCACACCGGGGAGAAACCGUACGGCUGCCACAUCUGCGGGAGGUGCUUUAACCAGAAGAGCAGCCUCAAGGGCCACAUGAAGACACACAGAAAUGGGGAGAAUCCAGACGUGACCGAGGCUACUCAGUUGAUCUUCACGAUGCCUGACAAUCAACUGUUGGAGAACCUGUUGGAACCCAAGAACGGACUGGUCACUUUAGAGGAACAGUUACCAGGUCCUGCAUACAGCGAGACAGUCAGAGAGGAAACUGUAACGGUAAAGCUUGAGCCAAACAGGGAGGAUUUUCAGACUCUGGGUCAGAUAGGGACUGAAGGUGGAUCAGGAGCACCGGACCAAAGUCAGCUGUGGACAUCUGGGAUGGAAAAGAGCAAUGAUGCCCCCGAACAAACAGUCUGUCUGCUAUUGCAAGAUGUCAAGUAUCACCUCAGUCCUGUUGCCGGAGCCAGUGAGCAGCAGGAAUACGCAUCCUCAGUCAAAGAUCUGGCUUUUCACAACAACAAAGAAAAGGAAAGUGUCAUGCACAUUGAUCAGUAUCCAGUCUUGGGAAUGCAGCCAGGAAGCUCUGAUUUAACUUUAGCAGCGGAGCCACAUGAUCAGCAUCUUACUCAUGAGGUGUCUGUGAAUGAUUACAGCUCAGUGAGUGGCAGGACUCACGAGGGAGGCUUCUUUGAAUUUACGAUGACCGCCUCGGGCAAGCAUGAGGAUGGUGGUGUUGGGGACGCCGCCAGACAAAAUAGCUUUAUAUGUGCAAGUUGCGGGCAAAGCUUUGAUAGUUUCACUAUGUUUCAAAGGCACCAGUGUGAGCAAAUCACAGAGCAGUCCUUCUGCUGCAAGAUAUGUGGGAAGACUUUCAAUCAGAUGACCAUCCUGAAACUGCACCUUAAACUGCACGUGGAAAAAAAUCCUUCAUAAUGUCCACAACAGGGAAAAUACAGUUGUAGCAAACAGCAAAAGACACAAGAUCAUGUUCUCAUGAAAUCUACAAAACUAUUCAACAUCAACCAAAACUUUCAAUGGCUAAAGCUGAGGAACAAAAUGCAUUGUUCUCCAUUCAUAGUAAUAAUCAUGUUUUUGUUUUCUUUUGCGGAGACCAAAUGACUGAUCGGUCUGACUUCUUUCAUAUUUCUAAUUUCCUGGCAGAAAUGUUCUCCUGCUACUUUAACCUCCUCCAUCUGCCUCUUACAGUAGAAGGAAAGCUAUUUUCGACAUGACUGAGUUUUGUUGGCAGAUAGAGCGAACACGAUUGCCAUAGUAGGCUCAGCUUUUGAGUGACAAUAAUUGAAUUACUAUAAAGAGAAACCAAAAAAAGUAUUAUUUUCAGAGCUGUCAGUUAGGCUUGUCAUUAGUUUAUUGAAAUUAUUAAGGCUAUUUUUGGGGUUUUUACUGUGCAAUUUCACAGUACAAGUUAAGAAGCUUUAAACAUAAACCAAUUCAACACGUACUGUAA